CACACACAAACGCGCGCGCACCGACUUCUGUCAGUUGGACGUGCUGAAGUAGUGAAAUUAGUCCGACUACAAUUAGUCCUUUAUGGCCUGGAGUUAAAGAGUCUCUGAGAGCUGAAGCUGAUUUACUUCACUAAGGGAUUUUGGGUAGAUGGCAAAUUAACCAGCCGUGGGGAAAAAAACAAGUAAAAAAGUAAAAUGAUGAAGCUGCUGUUGGCCGUGGCAUUCAUGCAGAUACUUUUGGCUCCAGUGCUUAUGGUGCCAAGUGGCGAUUACUGGGCCGAUUGGGGACAUUAUGGAGAGUGCAGCCGCUCGUGCGGCAUCGGUGUAACGGUGAGGACGAGACAGUGUGUGAGUCAGCGGACUGAUGGAGGUCGCAGUUGUGUGGGACCAGAUAAAUCCUAUCGCACAUGCAAUAUUCAGGACUGCCCUGAGGCUUCCAGAGAUUUCAGAGAGGAGCAGUGCUCUCAGUUUGACGGCACUGAUUUUCAUGGAAAAUUCUACAAAUGGUUACCUUACUAUGGAGCGGAGAACCAGUGUGAGCUGAACUGCAUCCCCAAAGGAGAGAACUUCUAUUUCCGUCACAAGAGCUCGGUGGUGGACGGCACACCCUGUCACCCGGGCAGGAGUGAUAUCUGUGUGGAAGGAGUGUGUAGGCGUUUAGGCUGUGACAGCAUGCUGGACUCUGGGCAGCAGGAGGAUGCAUGCCUGCAGUGUGGAGGGAACGGUCAGUCCUGCCACCUCAUUAGGAACUCCUUCUCCAUGAGGGAUCUACCCAAAGGUUACAAUCAAAUGUUUAUCAUUCCUGUUGGUGCUACUAGCAUCCGUAUCACUGAGCGUGUACCAACUCGUAACUACUUGGCCAUUAAGAACCUCCGUGGUGAGUACUACCUUAAUGGGCACUGGGUGAUCGAAUUCUCCCGGAGUACCCCCAUCGCAGGCACUAUGCUGUACUACCAAAGAGGAACAGAGGGGGAAAUGUCCCCUGAGACCAUCACCGGACGUGGACCGACCACUGAGCCUUUGGUGAUCGAGCUGAUAACUCAGGAACCCAACCAGGGAAUCGAGUAUGAUUAUUACCUGCCCAACAGCCGCCCUAGAGAAGGCCACUACUGGAGCUAUGGUUCUUGGUCUGCCUGCAGCAAGGAAUGUGGCUCUGGUUACCAGUCCCGUCUGGUCUUCUGCACUUUUGAUAACGAAGCCUACCCUGACUAUUUAUGUGCAUCUCUGCCUCGCCCUCUCAAUAACCGCACAUGCAACGAGCAACAGUGCCCCCUAACCCGCAGGAUGGCGUAUGUGUACCCACCACAAAUAUGGACUCCCAAGGAAGCAAGACAUGUCUAUGUUCAGGUCUACAGUUGGAAGGUCAAUGAAUGGACUCGGUGCUCUGUGACGUGCGGUGGGGGCACUCAGGUACGCCAAGUAGAGUGUGUGUCUCACGAUGUGUCUGGAAGACGGCCGGUAGAAGACUCUUUGUGUGAGGCUUACACUCCCAAACCCGUCAGCCAGCAAACCUGCAACAUGCAGCAUUGUGCACAGUACAGCGUGUCUUCAUGGAGCCAGUGCUCUGUGACAUGUGGCUCUGGAGAGCAGACAAGAGAGGUGAUGUGUGUGGGUUCAGCAGGAGGAAAUCGUGUUGCAGAUUAUAUGUGUGCCAGUCUUCCCAAGCCACCAAGCACACAGACCUGUGAGAUGCCUGUCUGCAUAACCCGGAUUGGCUGGCAUGUUGGUGACUGGGGGCUGUGUUCUAAGAGCUGUAGCUCGGGGCUUCGGGAGCGGCAGGUAAUCUGUUCAGACUCACAGAGAAACAUUUACGGGGUGGAGCAUUGUAACACCUUUCCCAAACCCUCUACUGUGGAGAACUGCAACACCCAGCCCUGCUACAGCCCUCAGGUGGUGCCCAGCAUGCAAGACACACGAGGCUACGACAACACUAUUUUUGGUUUCUACCCCUACAAUCCUGAGGAAACCACCACAGUUCUCCAGCGGGACGUUCCUUACUGCCAUCAGACUGCGUUUGGAUGUUGCCAUGAUGGUGUGACUCCAGCCAGUGGACCUCAUGGUCAGGGCUGUUCCCAAACAUCAUCCUGUAUCCACACCAGGUAUGGCUGUUGUCAGGACAGUGUGACUCAGGCACAUGGACCCAAUAAGGAGGGCUGCCCAGAAUAUGACCUCUCUGUCCCAGCUUCGGAGCAUAAGGUGUGCAGCAGGUCCACAUAUGGCUGCUGUUUUGAUGGAGUGACUACAGCUCGUGGUACUAAUGGAGAAGGAUGCCCUGUUCCACCUGGCAGGGCUCAGCGUGCUCCAUGUGAUCUGCCCCACACGGCUGGGUUGUGUGAUGAGUGGACUGCUCGAUAUUACUACGACCCUGCCUCGUCCCGCUGCGUACACUUCUGGUACGGCGGCUGCCCUGGCAACAGCAACAACUUCGCCACUAUGGAGGACUGCCAGCAGACCUGCCAGAACCAGAGGACCGUCUCCACAUCACACAGCACCGAUUGGAGCCAAAUCUGGCCAGGUGCUAGCACAUCUCAGCAAUCCCAUCGCCACUGGUUUCAAUCGGCGGGGCGCAGGCCAGCGCCAAGAGAUGUGCAGGCUAGCAGCCCUAAUAACAGUUGGCCUGCUGUGGGUGUGAGUAUAGACAAGUCGGAUCCAUCUACGGUGGAGGGUAUAGUGGGCCAGUGGGUGGUGUUGCCGUGCAAAGUGAACCCACCUCCAUCCUCUACUGUGACAGUCGAGUGGAGAAGAGACGGUGUUCUUCUGGAUCCUUCCAGGCAUAAACAGCAGCCGAACGGCUCGCUUUUCAUGGGCCCAGUAAGGAUUAAGGACUCUGGCUGGCUGUUAUGCGUGGCUACACGAGACCGUGAGCGAGAUCACCGUUACAUUUAUCUGUCUGUCUCAGAGCCAAAAGAUGGGGCAGGUAGACCAGAUUCUGCAGACUCGAUAAUUGUCCCUGCAAGGUUCAGUAUUGACCGGUCAGAAUCAACGCUGAUAAAUGCACGUGCAGGUCACAUUGCAAGGCUACACUGCACCAUCCUCCCUGCUUCAGCUGCUAAUUCAGUCAUCAUACAGUGGACAAAAAACGGAGCUGCUCUCAACACACUCAGGCACUCUCAGCACUCAGAUGGCACCCUGGUAAUUAACCACCUCACAUCUGACGAUUCAGGCAUCUAUACCUGCACAGCCUCGAGCAGUCAACAGCUGGAGCAACUGCAAAUCCAGCUCAGAGUCUCAGGGGACCUGAAGAUCACCACAGCUCCCAGUAACGUGCAGGUGUCUCAGGGCAGCGUGGUUCGGCUCCCAUGUGUAGCAUCUGGUGAAAAUGUCAACAUAGCUUGGUCCAGGAACGGCGUGCCAGUGAGACCUGAUGGACAUUUGGUGCAGGUAUCAGCAGAUGGCACUCUGACCCUCUAUAAUGUGCAGACUGCGGACGAGGGCUCGUACACCUGCAAUGCCUACGCUGGAACACAUGCUGUCAGUGCCACUGCUGAAAUUCGAGUAACCAAAGAUCACGACGUUGGACAAAGCUUGUCUCCCAACUGCGUGGACGAGCCGGAGUUAGCCAACUGUCUGCUGGUCGUCAGUGCACGCCUGUGUGGACACAAGUACUAUUCCAGCUUCUGCUGUGCCAGCUGCUACAACUACUCCAUAGGAAAGGGCAGGCCUGGGAGACAUGGCUAGGGAUGAGUGUCCACAGCUAACAGUCUCUCUUCUGCUCUUCUGAAAUGAUAUGCCACUGCUGGGAACAUUUCUACACUGCUCUCUGUUUAGAGAAGCAGACUUUCAGAAAGCUGAGGCCAGAUCAGCAGUGAGAGACGGAAUAAUUCUGCUCCAAGAGUAAAGAGGACCGAUUUGGCAUGUGCAAAGAUUUAAUGUUUUGUAAAAGCAAUUUUAAUUCAUCUUAUGGCUGACAAACAUUUUUAUUAUUAUUGUAUAUGCAUUUUUAUUUAAAAUGAUGUACUGAACUUUUAUAUGUUUUGAAUUUAUGGUGUCUUUCAUGCGAAUCCCAUGUAGUAUUUUGUCUAAGAAACUGCAUAAUAGAUAAUAAACACACAGACACAUUGAGAGCUAGAUUAUUUUUAAUCGUCUCUAUUUAAGUUCACAUGAAUAUUUUAAGCAUAUGCAGUCACCCAGAACUGUAAUUACGUCUUGUUUCCAAUGACAAUUCCAAUGAAAAUGCGUUUUAUAUAUUUUAUAUGAAACCACUCUUUUUUUAUUUUUCACAUUGUCACAUAGGCAGCUUUGCAGGAAUAUAUAAAUUCAUGAUAUACCUUUUUGAUAUUUCUGGUCUCAGGUUACUACUAUUACAGUACCGUCAUUUCAGUUCAAGCUUGAGGUGGAUCUGGAGAAUGUCCCCAGGACACAGAGCAUAGUGAGAAUUCACUGUGGAUAUAUCAUCAGUCCAUCACAGGGCACCAUACACACACUAGCAGGCAAUUUAAGCCGUGUUUGACUUACCUCAGCAGUGCAAAGUUGGAAUUGUUUACUUGUGUGUGCUCAAGCAACAAAAUGGUCACUGUUGCAGAUUUAACAAGCCAAUCUGUCUGUAUGAUGUUUCAAAUACUUUUGUAUACAGUAUUUGUAACUAGUAUAAAGGUAAAGAAAUGUUUUUUGUUUGCUUUUCAUUCUGUCAUUUUCAUUUGGCGUUACAUGCUGAACUUUUUUAGUUUGUCCUAUUCAAAGUUUAGAAUUUAAAGUCAAACAAACAUUUACAUUUACAUUUACAUUUACAGCAUUUGGCAGACGCCCUUAUCCAGAGCGACGUACAUAAGUGCUUAAAUCUCUAACAUUGAAUACAUUAAUGCUGGCUCACUAAGUUACAUACUUAAGAUACCAUGAGUUUAAAACAUUUGUUCAAAGUUACAAUGAAAAAGUGUCAAAGGUGUGUUUUUUUUUUUAAAUGCAAAAGAUAAUGAAAGAAGUGCUAGUUGAAGUGUUUCCUGAAUAAGUAGGUCUUCAACCGCCGCUUGAAAAUAGCUAGUAGCUAGCAAGUCUACUUCUAACAUUUUUCUUUGAGGAUAUCGGAGAACCUGUAGAAUCUCGCACUCAGUCAGAACAUGCACAACUCGAUACAGAGUGUAACCUAUAUAUAGAAUAUAAUCCAGUAAACUUUAAACAUUCAUAAUGAAAUAUUAGAGCUGCUGUUGACAGACUAGCACAUUUAUGAUCAGUCGGUUAUUUGUGUAGUUUUUAUUUGUGUCAGUUAUUUUGUAGUGAUUUUCCUACAAAAUAUACUUAGAAUGUCAUGAAUAUUUUUACUGGUAAUUUCAAGGAUUUCGCGGAAUUAACUCUGAUCAUUAAACGCAUGGAGCUCACUUUUGGGGUGUGCGGUGGGGUGGAGUGGGGUGGACGGGUAGCAUUGAUGCCACUAGGGGGCUCUGUUCACAUCUGAAACACUUUAUAUCUACUAAAGACUUUAAACAUAAGAAAUAAACAGUCUUUGACUAUGUUUUCUUUAUUUGUAUAUAUUCUAUUUUCUAGAGUUUCUAGAUUUAAAGACAUUUUCAAACCCAGUUUUAGCCAACACAGUAAAAAACAAAAGUAAACAUAAAGCAUUUGUUCACUUUCUAAAACCUAAUAAGUGUGCUUUAGCUCUUCAACUGGUAACUUCUGGUAAAGUUGGAUAUUGACUUUUUGUCUGCUUAACUCAGUUCUACAGUUGUGUUAUUUUAACUGUCUUCUAUAAUUCCUUGUUCUAGAUAGCCAAAUGCCAUAAAUGAAUAUGUAAAUGCAAUAUCUGUAUUUGAUUCUUUGAUUCCUUGAAUCUACUUUCUGACAGUUUGGUGGCCCUUUAUCAUGUGUAAGAUAUAUGCAAUCAGAAUUGUUUUGUUUUUUUCCAGCCAAAUACUUUUUCAUCUCUAGUAUGAAAGCUCAUGCAGGUCAAACAAAACAAACUGCUCUAUAACCUUUUAUUAUAUUAGUAUUUAUCUGUAUAGUCUUUUAUCUGUAAUGUGUCAUGUUUGUGUCACGAGUAGUGUAGAAGCUAAAGAUGUAGGCUGACAUUUCCGACUGAGAAACACAACAGGAAACUAGAUGUGGUGAUGAUUGGGGUGUAUUGUUUGUACCAGAAUAAGUUCACCACCUUCAUUUAACAAGAAUUACAGUUUAAUUUUUUAUUAAUUAUUGUUUUUAUUUAAAACUGCGAAGGUUAAGCGGUCAAUAGACAGAACAGAAAUCUGAGUAUACUUAAGUCAGAGGUAUAUUUUUCAUAGAGGUCUUGAAUUCUAAUAAAAUCUUUAUGAUUCACAAGCUAAUGAUUUUUGACUUAAUAAAGUAUGAGUAAAUAAAAAUGUUGAAAUCA